GUUAAAUGGAUUAUUAACAAAAUCAGUGUCAACACAUAGAUCUUAUUCCUUUUAGCAAUAAGUUCUUUUGCAGAUCAUGCGGUAUUCAUAUGCCUGAAGAUGGAAGUAUUGGAAUAAAAGGUUAGAACUUUAACUUUCCAGGUUAUCUAAAUCCAAUAUAAAAUCUAAAGAAACAAUGGAAUAGGGCAGUUCCUAUAGGAUCAUUGCCAAAUGAAUAUUAGAAAGUAUUAUUCAUAUAAAUUGAAUAGCAAAGAUUAUCACUUAUUGAUUAUAUGAUAGAGUGGAGUGAAAAAUUAAAAUUAUCCAUGAAUUCUUUAUUUUUGGCAGUCUAAUUUUUAGAUUAUUUUAUAUCAUAAAAGAAAGUAGAUCCAGUUUAAUAUAGAUUAUAUGGUGCUACAUGUCUUAUGUUAGCAGGUAUAUUCUUAUAUAUAUUUUAAUAGCUAAAUCUAUAGAAUUAGAUGAGAGAAUUCCUUUCAUAAGUAAAUUAAGAAGAUAUACCUAUUUACCUUAUUCAACAAUAGAUUUUAGGAGAUGCGAAUGUUAGAUAAUAAAAUAAUUGAAUUGGAAUUUACAAUGCACAACUUUAAUUGAUUGGGCUGAGGCAGUAAUCUCUUUAGGUAUAGUCUAUGAGUAAGAUGAAUUAUGUCAAUCAGAAAAUGUUCUUAAAGAGAAAAGUACUAAUAUUCUAUAACAAUAAAAUAAUUAACAAUAAAUCAAAUAGGAUAUUUUUAAGGAACAUUUAGAUAAUGUUUUUAAAUAGCCUUCAACAGUACCUAAAUAGAUCAAUGAAAAAGUUUAGGAAUAAUUAAUCAAACUUUGUAUUUCUUUACUUAAGGAUGGUACAUAUUUAGAUAAAGAUCCUGCUGAAUUAACAAUUUCAGUUAUUGGAUGUGCUCGUAAAGCUAGUGGAUUAAAAAAUGCAAUGUAAAUUAUCAAAUAUUAAAUAGACCAAAAUGUUUGUUUGAAUUAUUAGAUAAUGUAGAACCUAAGUUUUAAGAAAGUUUAACUGAUCACUUUAUUAAAUAAGUAAAAUAACCAACAAGUGUAUUGGGUAGAGCAUUUACAACAGACUUAGAUUUUUUUAGUCUUUAAAAUUAUAAACAUAGAAUUGCAUGA